AUGGCUUCUCUACACCUCACUGGCGAGGAGGCACUGGGGGAUGCAGCUCCUCUGCAGUCUGUGCACUACUUAGAGUCCCCCACGAGACACCAUUUGUUCUUAUUGUGGCGCAGAGGUCGCCAGCGGGGUUCUCAUCUCGGCGGGGUUGUUGUGACACUUUCGCUUUUUGCUGCUCUUGCUGCAGCUUACUUCGUGUUACGUUGUGGUCUUCAAUUAAAGGCUCGAAAAGGAUCUGGCGGGCUGAGAUCACUUGCGGAUGCGGGGGAAGAAGAAGAAGGCGCUCUGUGGUCCUGUGAAGAGGAGGAAGACUGGGGCUCGGGAGCUGCUGCUGCAGAGGCAGCAGACGGCAACUCAACAGAAGCUGCUGCUUCUGCGGGGGAGGAGGGCGGGAACUUGGAGGCUUCUGAUGCAGAGGCAGAUGGCUGUGACCCGGGAGCUGCUGCUGCAGAGGCAGAAGGCAGUGACCCGGGAGCUGUUGCUGCAGAGGCAGAAGGCAGUGACCCGGGAGCUGCUGCUGGUGCUGCUGCUGCUGCUGGGGCGGAGGGCAGUAACCCGGAACCUGAUCCUGAUGAAGUGGAGCUGGAUGAUGAGAGGAAAGAAGUGGUUUUGAGGGCUUCGGCGUACAUAGAGAAAUUGGUGGGCUUUGCAAAGCGCGCAGUGCCAGUGUUCCAGCAGGUUCCUUUGGAAGCUCUUCGGGAAGGUCUAGGGGGCGUUUUGAUUUUGUGUGUGGUCGAGAUGACUUGCAUGGCCACCCUGCUAAAGGGUGAAGAGCGAGAAGGCAUACAAACUGCCGCUGAGGAUAUCUUGAAUGCCGCAAUCGAGUCGACAAAACGCCUUUCUAGAAAAACUCUUCCAGCCACCACAUUCCGCCACUUCAGGUUCUUGAAGGAGCUCUUGACGAGAAUUCCAAAAAAGGAGCCUGCCAACAUCCCGUUACGCCAGCGUUUGGAAAGGCUACGAGAAAUUUUGACUGUACAAGAGAUGGCGGUUGAGCAAAUGUUGCACGGCAUCCAUGCAAUGGAGGAACUUUGUGAAAACAAAGAGUGGUUGCGCUCUCCAUUCGGAGCACCGAAGUUUGCCAAAAUUUUUAAAAAGACUGCAUCCCUCCGCAGAAACCACGUGCUUCGCGAGAGAACUUUCGGCAUUUGGCUGGUACUGCAGCACAAGAUGUUCUGUCACUACGGACUCACCGCCUACCCUCACCUGCAGUCGCUUGUUAACCAAGUUCCAAAGAGUCAAAAAGAGCAGCUGGGCGAAAUCAGGGGCUCCCCACUGGCAAUGCAGCUGCUCAUGCCAGGAUAUGGAUAUAAAGGGGGAGUGCCAAAGCCAAGAGAGGAGAAAAGCAAAAGACGAAAAAGGACACAAACUAAAGCCCCGGCCCCCAGUGCUCAGAAGCAGUGUCCAGAGGCUGCACCACGUCGAGGUAGUACGCCUGUUAAAGAUCAUUACGUUGUGCCCCCUAGAUUUAAAAAGCCUUCUGAAGAGUCAAAGAUCGCAGAAGUUCCACAGGAAACUCAACUUUCCAGCCCACCUGAUGAUGCCGGCUCCAGUGACAGCAGCUCCCCCAAGCACCCGAGUGGGGCUGAGUCCCCCAUGAGCUCAGAAGAUGCGAAGCUGUCAGAUUCACAGCAGAGUCCUCCGUCAGAGUCUGAGCGCCGUUGCAAAGAACCAGACCCCUCGGAGUCUCCCGGAAAAGCUGCUGCUCCUGCUCCUCCUUCGCCGCAGGAGGAACCGAAAGCAGCGGAUCGUGAGGCUUCUUCUUCACCAGCAGCCCCCAGUAGUGCCGCUGAGUCCACUGGUCACCCCGGCACUUCGAGCCAACCUGGCUGGCCUGGAGCAGCUCGUGCACCCAGGAGCGAAGAGCUUCCCCGAGGAGAGGAGGCCCAAGAUCUCAGUGCGCGUUUCGAAACGCGCAGCUCGCCUGAGGCCCCACAGCGCCGCCCGCCUCCAGGCUUUCCACCUCUUCCUGCUUACCCUCCCCCGCAAGUUGGUAAAGCUGUUGGGGAACUGGGUAAGCCCCCACACACUCCCGGACAAUAUGGGUUUCCUACGGAACGUAGUUCCAGUGGGGACCUGGCUGAACUUGGGGCUUCUUCUCUUCCUUUCCUUUCGGAUGCUCGGGUGGCCCAGCAGCAGCCCGAGGCUUUCCCGCCAGCGGCGCUCCGUACGGAUUUUGCAGGUCCUGGCGCUCCUCCGCAGCAGUAUGGCUUUCCUGGCGCUCCCGGGGCCCCCGUUCGCUCUCGAGCUCCCGAGGGGCCCCCCAUUAGUUUGUCGGACCUCCCUCGAUCCAGCCAUGGAUUUCCCGGACCCGUCGAAGGCCAGUAUUCCGAGCGGCCCCAGUUCCCCGGGCCUCCCGCUUCACCGCGGAAGAUGCCGCCGGGCCGGCUUGCAGGCCCCGCUGCUUACUUCCCGCCUAGUCAAGCUAGCGCACCCCGUGCUGCAGCUCGUUUUGCCUUCCCUGCAGCUGCUGCAGCUGCUGCAGCUGCGGACAGCCCGUGGCAGUUUCCGCCAUCUGACCUUUCUGGCGUCUUUUCUCCGCCUCCGCCCUUCAUUCCUCCUGAGUCUUUCUUCCCCGGCGGCCGCAGCCCGGAGCCCACCCAACACUUUCCCUCUGAGGGCACUUUUUUCCCAAGUGCUUUCUCGUUCUCGCCCCCCCCUGACUUUGGGAGAGACGCCGGAAGGCUCUCCUUCCCUGCGGGCCACAGAGGCGAAGCCUGGUGGCCUGAGGAGCUGUCCUCUCAGCCUUACUUAGAACUGCAGCAGCCCAUUCUGACGCAGUAUCCUCAAGAAAUUUCGGACGAGGAGCUUUUGCUGCAUUUGGGGGGAGGAAGUUCUUUGUUAGACUGGCCAGCGGGGUCGCUGGCAGCCCUUGGAGGUGCUCCUUUGCAGACUCGCUGGUCAACUCAAGACGACGCCACUCCCCCAGCUUACCAAGGCUUUCCUUUCUCUUUUCCUGAAGAGAGCGGCUGGUGGCCAACAAGAGCCCCCCAACGCCCCCCGCCGGACUUCGAGAAGGCCCCGGGAGCCUCUUGGGGCGGGCCAGCGAGAAGGCGCUCCACGUUCAAAGGAAUGGCCACGGGAGAGCCCAAGCCGAGGUCUUCUCACGGCGCGGAACAAUAG